CACACCACCACCACCGCGGGUUGAAAAAAUAUUUCGCCCAGUGGCCCAGCGAGGAGGACCAGAGCCCGGACCAAAAGCCCUUGGUGGUUCCGUUCCUUGUGCACCAAAGUCACGGUUUUCGAGGAGCGAGCUGGCAAAAAUCGAAACCCACUCUGCGGCGUACUUUCGCACUUGGACAACUUCAACCCACGACCACCACAUUUUCCCACCCCAAGCCUUUCUCGAUCUUCCUUCCCAACAAGGUCUACUAACCCCCCAAAGGUCGAGCGAAAAUGUCUGACGGCGGCGAUAUCGAGGUCGAGAGCGUGGGCAACUACGAUGUCCUCCCCAAGGACGUUGUCAAGGAGGUCGGCAACGUCAAGCUCUUCAACAAGUGGGAUUACGAUGUUGAGGUCCGGGACAUCUCUCUGACUGACUACAUCUCCCUCCGCAACCCCGUCUAUGUCACCCACUCCGCUGGCCGCUAUGCUGUCAAGCGCUUCCGCAAGGCCAACUGCCCCAUCAUUGAGCGUCUCACCAACUCCCUCAUGAUGCACGGCCGCAACAACGGAAAGAAGCUCAUGGCUGUCCGCAUCGUUGCCCACGCCUUCGAGAUCAUCCACCUGAUGACCGACCAGAACCCCAUCCAGAUCGCCGUCGACGCCAUCGUCAACUGCGGUCCCCGCGAAGACUCUACCCGUAUCGGUUCCGCCGGUACCGUCCGUCGCCAGGCCGUCGAUGUCUCCCCCCUCCGCCGCGUCAACCAGGCCAUCGCCCUCCUCACCACCGGUGCCCGUGAGGCCUCCUUCCGCAACGUCAAGUCCAUCGCCGAGUGCCUUGCCGAGGAGCUCAUCAACGCCGCCAAGGGCUCCAGCAACUCCUACGCCAUCAAGAAGAAGGACGAGCUCGAGCGUGUCGCCAAGUCCAACCGGUAAAGGGUUUUUGCUACUCCCUUUUGUCUAUGGUGUUUCACCCCUCAUGGAAAGGGCUAUGGGACUCUGCUGCUGGGACUUGGAGAGGCGUGUGUCUGGGGACUGUGGGUGGUUCUUGUCUUUCUUUCCCCGGGAAAUAGUGGGAUAAGGCAAUGAUCUUCUCAUGCUCGUUCCCCGUGAACACGCUUGGUUUGGAGAAAUGAGAGAGAGGGGAGGAGGGAGCUUAGAAAGGGCGGGCAACAAAAACGUGGAGGAGACCUGUUGAAAAAAUGGGGGUUCCAUCUACACCCUCCCCCUUUUCCCUAUUUCUCUAUCGAGACGUCAAAAAACUGCUUUCUGGGGGACAAAUCAAAUCGGAGGCGUGGUAUUACAUAACAGGGCAAUUCAACGUCUUUUUUCUUCAACAUCAUGAACGAAAAGAAAAGCGGUGUCUUGCGCUGGGUGACCCUUUUUGUUUUGCAUUUGCGCGCGUUUCGGGGAAAUGGGGGAACGCAGCUGCUACGGCAUCUUGUCUCUUCACGGCUUAAAAGGUGGUUUAUUCCAAUAAAAGCCGAAGCUCGUCAGAGCAAAUGAACAAAACCCCCGGCGUUUCCCCACGGUGUCUAAUGUGAGAUGAGAAUGAUAUCUCCCUUUUCUUC